UCAGGAGUGGCUCUAGUCAGAUGUGCAGCAUGGAAUAACUCAGUGGGCAGCAAGUCACCAUUAGUCAGCUGUUUCUGGUAAUCAGAACUGACUACUCUAGGUAGCCUGAAUGUAUAACAAUGGUUUUGCAAUUCCUAAGAGAGGAAACAAAGGAAUUUAACCUGUAUGUAUGUAUAUAUGUAGCCUACCCUAACUCCUUUAUGUUCUCACAAAAGGGCCAAACAUUUAUUAUCAAUAUACAGCAAAAGAUAGACCAUGGCUCAUUCAGUGUAUUGAGUUAAGAGAAAUGAGUGAAAAGAAAGUUAUUACAAAUUCAUUGUCUUCUGAACUAAAUCAUUGCUCAGACACUAAGCUAUUUCCCAGUUUGUGCAUGCAUAUUUCCUACCUUGAGUUAUACAAUAGAUUCUACUACAGAACACUUGCUAUAUCUUAGACUCUUUAAUCUCAAAGUAGAGUUAUGGAGUAGGCUAGUAAAUACAUGUUAUAAGCAGAACUGGAAACUGCAGUUUUUUGCAGAGAUAGCCUGUAGAUUAUGUUUGAAUUUUUAAAACAAUUUUGUUUAGCCUGCUGUUAUGGGUAUGGUCUUCUUAUCGUGGUGGAAGGUAGUCUGCUGCUAAAUUAGGUUACUUAAUGUUAAAUUCAAUUUGUUUGUGUAGCCUGGAUGAUUGUCUUUUAAAUCCCUAUCUGGCACACAGGUUCAGACCAUGUGAUCACUGGUCUUGGAAGUCUGUCUUCAGUGGUGGCUUGAUGUAGGGUGAUCCUCUCCAUACUGUACCCAACUCUGUAGCAAUAGUAACUCUGUAGCAACUCUGUAACUAAACCAGAGAAUCAGCGAGCCAGCCAUGUCCGUCGUCUUUUGGAGUCCUCAUACAUUUCCUACUUUACCUUUGGCCGCCUUCUUCCUCCUCUGUCCCUGUGCUCUGAGUCUUGAGUCCCUCCCACCUUCCACGUCGUCACACACACGUAUACCCUCCCUCGGCUCACACCCCAUUGUUACACACUGCUGCCUGCCUGGGUGGCAGACACCUGCUGUGCUGUCACACUCUGGUUCCGUGACUUCUCACGCUGGUGAAAGCUUUUCCCCGUUCUCUCCUCUCUUUCAGUGGUUCAGCUGGCGGGAGCAGAGGUAUGUGACCAGAGGUCAUCUUUUCCUUGUGAUCCAGACGGCUAUUGUUCUGCUAUCUGUGAUAGCACUGCUCACUCGCCCAUGCCUGUGACAGCAGCAGGUUUCACGCAGCCGGAGCCCAAGCAGAAUGAGCAGCGUGGCCCUCUGCGCAUCUCCGUAGGGGGUCUUCCUGUCCUGGCCUCCAUGACCAACACCCUGGACCCGCGCUUCCGCAUUAAGUGGCGCGCGAUCGUGCUGAUGGGCGCGCUGCUGGCCCUCCUGCUGCUGCUCUACAUGCAGCUGUCCCCAGGGGGCGCCAGCGGGGCCAUGCACCACAGCCACGCCCGGGGCCCGCAGGGCUUCGGCCAGAAGGGCCCGCUGCUGGACGACCUGGGCGAGCGCUACAACGACACGUACCCGCUCACGGCCCCCGAACACACGACCGAGGGCACGCGCUACCGCAUCGCCGUCAUCGCCGACCUGGACACGGCGUCGCGGCAGGACGGCAAGAAGAACACCUGGGUCAGCUACCUGCGGCGGGGGCACCUGCUGAUAAGCGAGGGCUCGGGCCGGCCGCACCUGAGCGUCCAGUGGGACGCGGAAAAGGUGGAGCUGCAGACGCACCUGUCGGAGAAGGGCCGCGGGAUGGAGCUGUCCGAACUGACCGUGUUCAACGGGAGGCUCUACAGCGUGGAUGACCGCACCGGCGUGGUCUACCACAUCGAUGGCAACAGGGCCGUGCCUUGGGUCAUCUUGCCCGACGGGGACGGAAGUGUCUCCAAAGGCUUCAAGGCAGAGUGGCUGGCUGUGAAGGACGAGCAGCUGUACGUGGGGGGUCUGGGGAAGGAGUGGACCACCACCUCAGGAGAGUUUGUCAACAAUGACCCCCAGUGGGUCAAGGUGGUCGGAUUCCAUGGUGACGUCCAGCAUCAGAACUGGGUUCCCAAGUACCACCUUCUAUGCUCUGCAGCAGGGAUCCAGUCUCCAGGUUAUCUCAUCCAUGAGUCGGCGGCGUGGAGCGACUCGCUGCAGCGCUGGUUCUUCCUGCCGCGGCGGGCCAGCAACGAGCGCUACGAGGAGACGGCGGACGAACGGCGCGGCACCAACCUGCUGCUCAACUGCUCGCCGGACUUCCAGAACAUUCUGGUGAGCCGCGUGGGCCCGCUGGAGCCGACGCACGGCUUCUCCUCGUUCAAGUUUGUGCCUAACACCGACGACCAGAUCAUCCUGGCGCUCAAGUCCGAAGAGGACGCCGGGAAGAUCGCCACGUACAUCCUGGCCUUCACGCUGGACGGACAGAUCCUGCUGCCCGAGACCAAGAUCGGAGACGUCAAGUACGAGGGGCUGGAGUUCAUCUAAGGGCAUCUAAGCCCGAACUCCAAAAACUGAAGUCCUCCCCUUCACGUCAGUUGUGCAGACAAACACUGCACGCCACCGAGAUCCUCUCGGAGGAAUGUUCCGAGAGGGGAACUCUGGUCCGAGUCGGCAGCCUGGCACCUAACCCACCACUCCUCAUCUCAUUCCCCACGGCUCGUCAUCACCCCGCACCCACCCGUGGCAUAGCCCCGUGCCAGUACAGAACAGAGGGCUGUCGCCACGACGCCAGCCUGCUCCAUGGCCAACGCCACUCACCCACCCACCUACUCAUUCACUCACACCACAACUCAACAUAGAGGGCCGCCAAGAACACUAACCCUGUCCAACUGUCUGUAGUCGUUGUAACUGGUGGUGGUCACAUGAUUGGUUUUCCAGCUCCAUGAGACUCCCUGUGUUCAUGCGACCUUCUGAAGUCAUGUGACCUGGGUGGCUAAGCCCAGUAGUACUGUACUGACUGACUUCUCAUAUUGAAUGUAAGAUUAGGAGAUCACUCAGAUUCUCUGAGCAUACUGAUGGGGGCACUGAAGUACCAUGGUAAUUCUGAAUGCAUUUUAAGUUUGUUUUUUAUUGUUUUUUGUUUUGUUUUGUUUUUUCUUCAUUUUUUUUUUUUUAUUCCUGGUUGUUCUUAUAUUUAACAUUAUUUUUGAACUCUCUGUUGAACCCAUGACUCCCUCUGAUGCACACAUACAGACUCAUCACUAUGCCAGAUAUGACUUUGGGUCAGUCGUUCUUAUCACUGUAUCUUAUAUAUCUGGAAAGUUAUUUGAUUGGUGGCUACAGAAGAACCCCUGAAAAGAGAGACCAUACACCCUGGCAUCCUACAACUAGAGUGCGGUUUGGGCCGCAAAUGUCUGUCCGAACCCGGCCCGCGUCCGACAGAAUUGCGUCCGAACCCGACAGGCAUUUUCAUUUUUAUGUCCGAACCCGACCCGAGCCCGACGCAGAUGAUGCCUCAGUUAUUCCCAUGCUAGUGAUUAAACGCUCACGUUUUUGGAUAGCCUGUCUUUAGCCCAUUAAACGGAACAAACAACAAAUGGAAUUCUUGUCUACAGAAUCAGAUGAGCGUGCACACACACAGGUCACACACAGCGCACAUAACAAGAGGCCCAAGCAAGUAGAAUUGGUCUUGAAAUGAACUGCAACAGUCUUUGAAACUACAGUCCCUCUGUCACUGAUCCAUACGCAGCAUCAACGUUAAUUGGGACAACUCGGAUAUCCUCCUCCAGUUGAACGAGACGACCUUAGCCUACCGGUAGCCUAUGUCUUUACCACAGUAGCCUAUGCAACGCAAAUAGGACUGCCUUAACAUAGUAGGCCAAGACUUAAUUUGCUUAGUUUUCUUUGGUCUUAAAAUGUCUUGAUAGGCUAACAACUUUUUUUAACGUUACCCAAGACGUGCCGCCUGAAAUACACAUGCGUUGUCACGGCGAAAUCUUGCAUACAGGAAGAAAGUUGUUAGGUCUUUUUUACAUGUUAUUUUAUUCUCAAAAAACAAACGUUUGCAUCAUGUAGCCUAAAGCAGAUCUGUUGGUUACCCAACAUAAUAAGCUAUUUUAAAUGUAAAACUUCCAAUUCAUAUCGCCGCCAUGUGUCCGAACCCGACGACAAUUUCUAAAUAUUUGUCCGAACCCGACCUGACCCGUCGGGCUCGGGUCGGGUAGCCACACUACCUACAACUACGUAUUUGAGAAUCUGGCCCAUUUCUUUAGGUCCCACAAAAACCCUUCAGAGGCUCUACCAAAGACCCAUUUAUUUCCGAAAGUGUCUAGUGAAAUGAUUUUCUUCACCAUUUUCUGCUGUCUACUGCUUUCUUUUGUCCACCAUGAAACAGAGUUGUUAUGAAGAGCGUCAACGGUGAUGGAAAAAGGUCAAAAGGAAAUUGUGUGUGCACAACUUAUUUUAUAAUGUGUGUAUUGACUUUUUUAAGCCUAAUGAGUCAUGGUGGACUGUUUGCUGUUCCUUUUCCCAGACGUGUAACCUGUGCCAUAAUUACUGUUGUUCCUUAACACCAGAUUUCCCAUGUUUGUGUUUUUCCAUUUAAUCCAGAUUCAAAAUUUAGAUGAAGUGUAAUACAUGUUCAAUUUGAAACUCAUGUAUGAGAGGGAAAAAAAACAUUUAGUUGAUUCAAUUAAUGAGUAGCUCAAUAAAUACAGAAAAGAGCCACUGA